GAGCGCACGCUGGAAAUUCCUCAUUCAGUAAAGAGGCACAGACCGGCGCAGUUGUGCCCAGGGACCUCACUAAUCCAUCCAGACCCCCGAGGCUUCACUGCAGGGGGGGAGAGCCGAGAACACCAACAUGGGGGACCGCGCAGAGGAAGGUUCACCAAGGAACCGACAAUACGGCGCCAUUGAAAGGUCCAAUAAUGAGGAAGGAUCCACGUAUCUGGAUGAGAAGAUUUCAAUACCGUCCACAGGAUCGCCUGGCUUCAGCUUCCGCAAGCUCUGGGCGUUCACGGGACCUGGCUUCCUCAUGAGCAUCGCCUAUCUGGACCCUGGGAACAUUGAGUCCGACCUGCAGUGCGGGGCAAUUGCUGGAUUUAAGCUCUUGUGGGUUCUGCUUGGUGCCACCUUUCUCGGUCUUGUGUGCCAGAGGCUGGCCAUUCGGCUCGGUGUGGUAACUGGUAGAGAUCUGGCUCAGAUUUGCCGUUCUUAUUAUCCAAAGGCCCCGCGCUGGUUGCUGUGGAUUUUAGUGGAAAUAGCUAUUAUUGGGUCAGAUAUGCAGGAAGUCAUUGGUACCGCCAUUGCAUUUAGCCUUCUGUCAGCUGGACGGAUUCCUCUGUGGGGCGGCGUCCUCAUCACCAUCAUUGACACCUUAUUCUUCCUCUUCCUGGAUAAAUAUGGACUCAGGAAACUGGAAGCUUUCUUUGCAUUACUCAUUACUAUAAUGGCCGUAACGUUUGGCUAUGAGUAUGUGGUGGUCCGUCCUGACCAGAGGCAGGUGAUAAAGGGCAUGUUCUACCCGUACUGUUCUGGCUGCGGAUCUGAAGAGUUACUCCAAGCUGUUGGCAUCAUUGGCGCGAUCAUCAUGCCGCACAACAUAUACCUGCACUCCUCCCUCGUCAAGUCUCGGGAUAUAGACCGUAAGAAAAAGCAGGAGGUGCGAGAGGCUAACAUGUACUUCCUGAUAGAGUCCACCAUUGCGCUGCUCGUCUCCUUCAUCAUCAACCUCUUCGUCAUGGCCGUGUUUGCAGAAGCUUUUUACAAGAAGACCAACCAGGACGCGUACGAUGUCUGUCUGAACAGCAGCAGCCCUCACGCCGGCGUGUUCCCACCCAAUAACGAGACCUUAUCUGUGGACAUCUACAAAGGGGGCAUUAUUCUUGGCUGCUUCUUUGGCCCCGUCGCCCUCUACAUCUGGGCUGUGGGCAUCCUGGCUGCAGGGCAGAGCUCCACCAUGACUGGAACAUACGCCGGGCAGUUUGUCAUGGAGGGCUUCUUGAACCUGAAAUGGUCCCGCUUUUACCGAGUCCUGUUCACCAGAUCCUGCGCCAUUAUACCCACCAUAUUUGUGGCCGCUUUUCAGGAUGUGGAACAUCUGACGACAAUGAACGAUUUGCUUAAUGUUCUGCAAAGCAUUUUGCUCCCAUUUGCUUUGCUCCCGGUACUGACGUUCACCAGCAUGCGCCCACUGAUGCACGAUUUCACGAAUGGCUUAAUCAGUAAAGCCAUUGCCAUUGGCCUCAUUGUACUGAUCAUCGCUAUCAACUUGUACUUUGUGGUUGUCUACAUCCCGACCCUGGAAAGCACCGCGUUGUAUGUGGUGGUUGGGGUAAUUCUCCUUUUUUAUGGAGUGUUUACAUUGUACCUGCUCUGGACCUGCUGUCUUGCCCAUGGAGCCGAAUUUCUGUCCUGUGGCAGACAUGUUCAGUUUUGGUACGGAUUACCAGAGGACUACAAUAACCUGCCGGGGACCCAGUAGUGAGGUCAGGGACCUCUGGACUGUUCGGGUAAAUGUGGAUUUAUGUCCUAGAGCUCAAGGGUUCGGCUCCACAGUGAUCUUGGUUGCACGACAUCCACCACGCCCAAGGAUCGCAGUGAAGCAUUGCUAGAAUAGAAACGAAUGGGGUCGUAGCACAACUUGCACAUUUGUCAGGACCCCAGAAUUGCUAAAAUUCCAUCAGUGUAAGAUUUUUUUGCGAUUCUGGUGUCACUGUUGAGACACAUGCAAGUCGUGCUGCAACCCGAUUUGUUUCUAUGCUAGCACUGCUACACUGCAAUCUUUGGGUGCUACACCUAUCGUACGACCGCCAUAUAGCUGACCACUUAGGAUAAGCAACAAAUUCUUAUCAUGAGAACUAUGCAAUGAUGUUCCAGUGACGCCAUCUUGUGGACAAUAUGUAUAUUGACGGUGAAACAAGAUUCAGAAAUCAUGGAACCUCGGGGGCCUCCAUCCAGUCAGAUGAUUUUCUCAAGUAUUAAACUCCAGUAAAAAUAAAUCUGGAAAAUAGGAGCGACCAUCCGGAGGGUGACCCCAGCAACUCCAAAGGAGUUUUAACCACUAUUGUAAAGACCUGCUUACAGAUUUUUUAGGGGUGUUUUUUUAAUGCAGGACCCAGGAGAAAUCCAGACUACUGAAUACCGGAUAAAAGGAAUUUUACUGUGCGUCAAAGUGGGACUAAUGUGGUUACAGGACGAGCGAAAAUGGAAACAUUGGAUUUAGGAGAUAUUUUUGAAAUUGCUGCACAUCCCAUGAGAAUAAGUGUACAAUGCACAGAGAUGUGCCCCCGACCACGGAGGUGUUACACAUUGACAUUUUGUACUUUUCUUUAUUUACAGUGGAUGGUGGUCCAGGUCCUUAAACUUGAUCUAAUGUGUCGUGGGGACCAAGGGGACGGGCAGAAGCCAUUUUCACCACUUUCGUCUUCCUUGCUUUCACGUACAUAAUUAGUGCAGAGCACCGUGGCAGUGCCACCGCCCAAAUUACUGUAGAAAAGUAGAGUGAAAAAUAUUAAAGGGGUAUUCCAGUAAUAGCAAGUUAUCCCCUAUACACGGGCUAGAUUGGUGGGGGUCCAACUGCUGGGACCUCAUCAAUCACUAUAAUGGAGGACCCAAGUCUCCUGUUUGAAUGGCGUGGAAGGUGAGCAUUAGCGCUGCUGCUCAAUUCACUUUCUAUGGGACUAUAUCUAACCCGAGCGAACAGCUCACCCGCCGCUCCUGUCAAAUGGAGACUCAGGUCCCCUGUCCUUGUAACCACUGGGUGUCCCUGACUUUGACCCCCCCCCCAGUUAUAAAUAUCCCCUAUCCAGUCGAAAGGACAGGAUAUAAAACUAGAACAGUAAAAAAAAAUACACAUAAAAUAAUCCCGUAAAAAAAAAAAAUAAUAAUAAUAAUUAUAAAGGGGAAUUUUCAAGUCAGAUUUGCUGAAAUCUGCAGUAGCUUAAUUUGCACCGAAUUUUUCAAACAUUUUGCUCCCCUAUUGUAGUGUUAAAAAAGUUGCAAAUGAUGGCACGUACCGUGUUUACACUGUAAUUUGCUACUUUUCAUUUCUCUUGCCGUUUUUCAGAGGUGAGGAGGGAAAGUGGGCGGGGCUUAGUGGGAGGGCGUGGCCUCUAGCAGCCCAGCAGAUUUACACCAGAAAUGUGCAUGAGCGAUAGUUCAGAUCGCCGCCUGGUCAAUGGUCAUACCUGAUGGAGUACUUAAUUACUGCCGCACGGACUGCCAGGAAAUGCGCCAAAUUUAUUAAGAGGCCUGUGUCUCUUUGGAAGCCAGAAUUCCAGAGUGCAGAGUGUGAUAAGUUCCCCCCGUGUAAUUAGCAGAAAAGUGAAGUAGAAAUUAUAAUUCUUACAAACUGUAAACUUAAUUUUUCCAAAAAAGUAUAAAUCAUGUAAUUGAAUUUAAAAAAAUCAGAAAGUAAAUAAUUUACACUAACACGUAAUAAAAAUGGCUAAACC